AUGGCUACUUCCAGCAGCUCACAGAGGCCCAUCAAGGGGAUCCUGAAAAACAAAGGCUCCACAGCUUCCUCAUUUGUGGCCUCUGGCCAGCAGUCUGGAGGACCUAAUCAUGUACAGAUAAGAAAGUCUAAGAAGUGGGACGAGUCAAAUAUCCGCGCCACAUGCCGCUCUGCAUACAGAGACUAUGAUUUAAUGAACACAAAUGAGCCCAGCACUCCCCACGUCAGGAUCCAAGAUGGUAAAGAAGAUACAGUGUGUGAUUUAGAAACAAAAGAUCUGACCAGAGACAUCUUAGGUAAGAAAUUAGCCGCCAAUGAUACCUCUGAGCCGAACUGUCAGAUGGGGGAGCCAGAGAGCAAGGGGGUACACAGUAGCAAAAUAUUACUGGACAAAAUAGAAAGACAGCGGCAGUUCGAAUUGAGAAGGAAGUUGCAUUACAACGAAGGACUGAAUAUCAAAUUAGGUAGAGAAUUAAUUGCGAAAGACCUCCAAUGUGAAGAAAUAGAUGAUGAAAAGGAAGAAAUCCCACCUGUUACCAAUGAAGAGAAGACUGCGGCAGAACCAGAGGAGGGUGGUCCUGCAAGUGAUGAACAGAAAACUCAGGCAUGCUACGUGUAG